AUGGGUCUUUCCGGUCACUGCCUUUGCGGCGCCGUUAAGUACACCGUCGAUGCCGAGCCUAUCAUCGUCGGCUACGACCACUGCGACGACUGCCAGCGCCAGUCGGGCUCGACAUAUUCCCUCGUAGUCGUCGUCCCCAAGGACAAGCUGACCAUCACGGGCACGACCAAGAGCUUCGCCAAGAACGGCACCUCGGGCCAGCCCGUCCACCGCAUCUUCUGCCCCGAGUGCGGGUCGCCCAUCGCCCACGACCCCGAGGCCGCGCCGCCCAUCAUCGCGCUCAAGGGCGGCACGCUUAGCGAGGCGGACAAGAAGGCUUUGAAGCCUGACACCGAGAUCUGGACUGCCGGCAAGCUGCCCUUCUGCCAGGAACACCUCGCCAAGCCGUUCGAGCAUAUGCCCCAGUGA